AUGAGUAGUGAGCCAGAAGUUGGUGGUAGUUACGGCCGAGACUUCCCUCGUGGAAGCCUCCUGCAUCAAAAAGUUGGCCAGGAGCUUGAAUGGGGCUUCUUCAAGUAUCUUUUUACUGGGAUCCUUUGGGAGAAACCGGACAACGGCUACGGAGAACGCCAGGGACUUAUGAAAGCGCGGGAUAUUCUUCUCGGAAAGAAUGUCUUCGUCAAUGUGAGAAUCCUCAAGGACUGUGACCUCGAAGAUGAGAAGGUAGUCGCCUUGAUAGACCGUGCCAACGAGGCUUUUGAUUAUGAAGUCGAUACUUUCCAGCAGCUUUAUGAUACUGGUCACACGCCUGUUGUCAUCACCUCUACUAGGAUGCUCCAGGACCAAGGUUGGGAGAAUCCAGGCGGCUACCUGCAUCUGUACGUGAUGGAGGAGUACCCCCUACUGGGCCUGGACGAUGCGUUCGACUACAUGUCUGAGGCCGACAUCCCCAAGCUUGAGAACGAUCUUUACUCAUUGAUCGGCAUCUUUUUCCGCCACAAACUCGCCUACUACGCGGUUGACUUUGAAUACAAGUAUGAUCCAGUGCGGAAGACCUUGUUUGCGGUCAGCAUCGAGAACUUUCACUCAGUCCGGGAUCUCGACGACCUUGAAGCCGCGGAAAGUUAUUUCGCAGGAGUUCUUCGCAAUCUUCGCCGUGCGCUAGAAGCCAGAGCAGCCCGCGCCCUGGAGGCUCGCACUCGCGCACUCGCGUCUCACAGCAUGUUCGAAGGUACCGUGGAGCACUGGGAAGAUAUCAACGAUGCAUAUCCUAUGAAUGUAUUUGACACUGGUUCCUAG